AUGUCGCUUUUUCUCACUGGUGAUCGUUUCUCUUCUUUUCUUUUUGCGCCGGAGGCACCUGAGCAUCACGAGAAGCACAUAGAGGAACUUGUCUCGCGUUCACGUCAGGGUCCUUUUGAAAACCGCAAGGCGUACACGUUCCCAUUGGAUGUGCCUCUCACGACGGCGGAUGUGGAGCGAUGGGGUAAACGCCUUGAUGAAAGUGCCCCGCCGCCAGAGGCACCGAACGCGGCGUUUGCAGGCGGUGGCUUCAUUGAUGCCGCGGCUGCACUUUCGAUGAGUGAUGGAGCCGAACGGGAGCGCGCUGUGCAUAAACUUGCCCCGAUGAAGUUAUUUGACCCAAAGCGAGUGGAUCGUAAGCCCAUGACGAAAAUUCUCGUUCACCGACGCAAGUGGUUGCCGUACCGUCAGCGGUUGCCUGUGUAUCAGUGUCGCGGGCCUGUCCUUGACGCACUGCGCAAUAGCCAAGUAUUGGCGCUUGUAGCCCCUCCCGGCAGCGGCCGGACUCUGCAGAUGCCACAGAUUAUAUCGGAGACAGAAAUUUUUAAGAGCAAGCGCGUUAUUGUUGUCUGCCUGACAAGUCUUUCCGCUUGUCGCACGGUGGAGCGACUCCGUGAGGAGCGCGGUGAGGAUGCCACAUCGAGGACGGUGGCUGUGUGUACACCAACCCGUUACGACGUAGAGGAGGGAACAUUGAUUGCAGUCACCACACCAGAGAUGCUCGUCCGUCAAUUGUUAUGCGACCCCUUACUAAUAAAUGUUGCUUGUGUAAUUUUGAACGAUAUACAUUUGAGAUCACCAAUCACAGAGCUUUGUAUGUCACUUCUCCGCAGUACACUGCGGCAAUUGAGGGAGGAAAAUGGAAUUAAAAGGCGUGGAGGAUCUUUGCAUGUGGUGAUUGACUGUUUUGAAGAUGCCGUUGCCACAACGAUUGUAGAAUUUUUUGGUAAAGAGUUUACAGCCCGUCUAAAUCUUUCUCAGGUGCUACAGCAGGAUCUAAAGACGUCGGGUACUGAGGCGCAGCACCUCAACGAAGUAUGGUCUCCCUCGUGUGUAAUGCUUCUUGAGGAGACGAUGCAAUGGCUUGCGAAGUGUGAGGAGGAGGGUAGCUUUAUUCCUCGUGACCCGGCCGAGGAUCUUCGCAACUAUGUGGAGAACAUUGGGGUGGUGGCGAGGAUUAUGGCAGCGGAGGAGGCGGAAUUCACGAAUGACGAGAAACUUCGAUCCUACUGGUGCCCAAUCAUUGUGCAGGCAGUGAAGAAAUACGACUGUGCGGAGCGAGAGGAUGCUUUACGAGGCGCCGAUCAACAAAAGCAAGAAGAAAAGCGACAGCAUCUGCCAUCUGUUGUCGUCAUUGUUCCAAAUGCACACAUCGCCUCUGUGGUAGAGGAGGCACUUCGUCUCGCGUUGGGUGAUUCAACGGACAAUGAAGAUUUGGAGCAAUCAACAUCGUUUUCAUUGCAUCUUCUACUGGACUGUCUCACGGUGCAGGAGGUGGAUUGUGUGUUGCAGGCCGGCGAGGCUGCGACGAGGGGUGGAAGGCGACUGGUGUUGUUGACAACCCCCAACAUUGCGCACUCGGCUCUUCCAUCCACAAGGGAAAUUGGUCUUGUGGUGGAUUGCGCACGACGUUCUUACGCAUCGUACGAUGAAAGCACCGAUGCAGACGUUUUUGUCACAACUUACAGCCUUGUGCAAGAGCUACGCUACCGUCGGACGAUUGCCCGUCUUCGCCGAGGUGACGGUAACAAGGGCGAGCAGGACGUUGCUCGAUUCCCAGUGUGCAUGGUGGUUCAAUUAAUUUCUAAACCUAUCCUCUACGGCACCAAACAUCGUCACAUCAGCGUGGAUCCCGGUCACCACUCUAUUUUUAAUCUAGGCUGGGAUGAGUACGUGCAGCUGUAUCACCUCUUGCAGGCACGAGAAGAGGGGCUGCGCUGCCGCGAAACCGGCGCCAGUUUGGAAGAUUCGGAGAAUAAUUACCUCCUGUCCUCGAUGGUUGCACAGUUGGUGCCCUUUAUUUUUAUCGGUGUUCCAACCGCGUCAACAAGCCGUUAUGAAAAGCUGCGUCGUACCUUUUUAGCGGUCGAGCAUCACCUUCAGCGAUUGGGUCACUUGGAAAUUAAGAGUGCGGAUUCCAUUCCACGUUUAUCACCAAUUGGCGUGGCUGCCACGUGUUUCUCAUGGCCUGUUGAGGUAGUGCGCCUCUUGAUGUACUCGCGACUCCAUGACUGCGUUGUGCCAGCGAGUGUUAUUGCGGCAGCGUGGAUGGUGGGCAAUAUGUUCUUUGUCGGGAAGAUGGAAACGGACACGGAAGAAUUAAUGAAAGAGGCCCGUGUGUUCUUUUCUCAAGAUUCCGGCAGUGAUGUCGCGAGUGUUUUUAACGCGUACCACACGUGGCUUUCUUCACGUAACGUGUCCACAGAAGCACAGGACGCCUUUUUUAAUGAGACUCUCACCUCGAAGAAGGCCUUUAUGCUAAUUGAGGCCCAACAAAUAGAGCUACUGCGCGUGCUGGAGGCGACGGAUGUGUUUCGACUGCCUUCUACUUGUAAGUUGUCAUGUAACGACGGGGACGGUGGCGGGUCUACUGUGAAGAACGCAGGGGCAACAGAUGUCACCAAGGCAGUUACUACCAGCACGAUCGACGCGGCUACCGUAGCAUCCCGGAUUCUUGAAAUUCCGGUGAACAACCUAGAUGAAGGAGAAAUGGUUUUUCGAUGCGUGACGUCUGCGGUGUAUCCGUCCUGUGCAGUGCCACACAGUGAUGGGAGAGUGUCAAGGUUUGGAUUUCCGGACAAACUAAUAAAUGCGACAGCAAAUGGCUCAACUACACUUCCCCUUCGAGCGACCAUGCAACCAGCCGUCUUUUCACACCGAUCCGUGAUGAGUGUUGAAGAGGUAUACCAGCGCCAUGCGGAAAAGCCGUUCUUAUACUUGUUUCGCACACGCGUCGCGGAAAAGGGGCUUGACGUCUUGAAGGAAGCGGUACCACUUUUUACUGAUGCCGCUGUUGUUGCGUGCGGCAACUGGCACGAGUGGCCGAAGUCACCGGCAACACGCUGUCGUGGAUGGACCUCGGUCCUAACAAACACCUGGCGCCAAACAAAACGUGCUCGUCGUCUCCCGCCACCCGCCCAAUUACCGGCGGUUUCUAUAAAAUUAAAGCCAUAUGACACGGUUCAGGCGAGGCCAGUUUUUGUGCAAGCCGAUGACACGUUUGCGUUCGGUAUGCGGUCAACAACGGCAAAGUGGCUGCAGCAGAUGCGGGAUCAGGGCCGUCGGCGAAUUCGAGCUUUGUUGUGUGAUAAGUCAUGGCCUGCAAGCAGCGAAGCAUCACUUGGACUGAAGGAAGCAUGGGAGUGGUGGUCGAGACGAGGCCGUGGGGCUCAGGAUUGGUUGCGGGAGGAGCGUACCACUCAUAAUACGGCAAUCAGUAAUGGCUUGAAGCCCGGCGAUUCCUUGUAUCCUUAUUAUCAGUACAGUUCAAAUCCUGGACGACCGACAGCUGUAGUGCCUCCUAAGAAGCACAUUGGCUCUUCCACGACAAACUCGUUUUCUGCGAUUUCUUCCGCUGCCGUUGCCGCCGCUGGUGGUGUUGAUGGUGUUGCCUUUACUGCGGCCUCCGACGCAGCUGCGAGGCAAUCGACGGCGUAUGUUGGCAAGCUGCCCGACCCUGUGAUGGAUAAAAAUAUUCAGCACCUGGCACAGAGCAUUGCAAAGGCCCGUUCCCGCGAGCAAGAAGCUACCUUUUUGAAGAUGUAUCCCGACUUAUUUGCCUUUCUUCACCCGGAGCACGAGUUUCACGGCUAUUAUCUUCAUGUGCUUCGCCGGUUGGACCCUGACCUGGAAAUUUUGGGUGAUGACUUGGAUGAGCUAGAAAAGUUUCUGAAGGAGCUUGAGGAAGAGGUGCAACGCGAGGUUGGUAUAACCGAAGGAAAUGUGGAUCCCUCUUACGAGGCGCAGACAUACAAUGCUGUUGACGCAGCAGUUGAUCCGGGCAGCAAUGCACAAUAUCAGUUCCAGGAGGUGAAUGCAGAGGAGUAUAUGGCGUCUUAUGGCAUGCAGGUCGAGACAGCCGCGGAGCAUGCAAGGAGGCCAAAAGCAUUAUUUAAAAUGCAUGACGGGCGUGCGUCUGGACCAACCGCAGUGGAUGGAACGGCACCAGAAGCAACAAAGUUGGGAAAAAUGGGAGAAGAAGCUCCUACGGCGUCCUCGUUCUUUACUCAACCCGCUGUGUCGGAUAAUCAAAACAAACCGGCUGUGCUCCCAGACUUACCCCUCGAGAGCGUGACCGCGAGAAAACCACUUCAAGUGGAUCCUAAUGCUUCCAUCGGAAACUUUACAUUUGACAGGGGAUCAAAGACGGAGGGGCCUGUUUUCCCUGCCAACGAAGCCGCCGAAAGCAAUAGAGGGAUGAGUGGUGGUGGUGGAAUGACGCUCAUGGAGCGUCUCUUGGCAAUGAAGGGGGGAACUUCUGCAGCAGCGGACAAAACAGCAGAACCGGUGUCGAGUGGUACCCCGAGAGAAAAUGUGCCAUUGCAAACGUCUUCAGCUCAGACAGUACCCCUCGUGACUGUUGGGGUGUGGCCUUCUACGCCUCUUCCAAUUUCUCAAUCCCCUGCGGCAAAUCUCCCGACAGCCUCUUCUGGGACUAGUCUACCGGUGGAAGCAGUUUCCCAGCAGGCACCGACGGCAACAAUUGCAGCAGCCAACGCCCCUACUGCAGCAGAGUUACUGGCGUUGAUGGGCGUUAUUCCUUCCACGCCGGCAUUAAAUCCACUCACAAUACCACCCCCGCCACUUCCAGCGGAAGUUGUGGCCAGUCGCCAUCCAUCGAUCCUUGCGUAUCCGCUGCCACCGCGAGAGUUUGGCAACAUUCCUCUCAUUCUCGCAAAGGCGCUGGGCGAGACAAUGGGAGUCAAGGUGGGGCCAACACGCAUCGUUGGCAACAUCGCGCGCAUCGAUGUGCCCAAUCACAAGGUGGAGGCACGUGCACUGGCGCUCAAGUCCUUUACUUGUUUGGGCAAGAAGGUGAAUAUCUUUAAAAAUGACCGCAUUAUUGACGGCGUGCGCCCCGUUUUUAAUAAAGGACAAACGACGAGGUCGACACUACGCGAGGACGUGACACGCCUACUUCAUAGAGCGGAUUACGGCCCCGAGGAGCUGGAGGACGACGAAGACAACAACAACAAUGAUGAUGAUGGGAGUCAUAACGCAGGGUUACCACUGCAUGAGUCAAACAACGGAGUUGGGCCCGUCUUCCCGCACUAUCAUCAUUACAUGCAACAACACGAACAAGAGCUUCCACCCGAUGAACCAGCAGUGCCAAAGAAGUCAGCUCAUCCGCCACAAAUUGGUCUUCUGACCGACUCGGAGGACGACGACGACGACGACGCAGACUCCUCCAGCAGUGCGGAAUCGUCGGAAUUAGUCCAAUCAUGA